CAGAGCAGAAGAAACAGUACAGCAGAUCUGAGAGGGGGGCAGUUUCACAAACACAAACUGUGAUUGGUUACAUCGGAUCCCAUCUGGAAACAAUGAAAAGCUACAUUCCUGGUUUUUAAAAAAAACUAGUUCAAAGGACUCGCUCUGAAAAUGGACCAGGCUUUGUUGACGUUUCAUAACCAGCUGAGAGAAGAAGUUCAGGUCUUCUACACGUCAGAUUACUGCUAUAAGUGUGUGUACCAACCUUUGGUCACUGUGAAACCCAACAACAACAAUGCAUCUGCAGUGAUCAGCACUAAAUUCACCCUGUCUGUGCGAGUGGAAUCACAGGCCAGGAAUGUAACUCUUUGCAGGUGGAGUCAGAUGUAUGAAGAAGCUGGUCAUUUCUCUGUUUGGAUCCUGAUGUCAGAGGCCGCGAGUUAUCCCAGCUGCACCCACGCUGUUGAUAAAAGACCAAACAAUGCAUACCUGCCUCUUCUAGUGGCUGCUCUCAUACUGUCCAUAAUCGCUCUCUUAUUCGUUGUGGCACCCUUCAUCUACAGGAGGCCUUGUACAUCAAAAUUUAUUAAGGCCAUUUGCUGCCAAAGCCCACAGUACUCAGUGGAUAAUGAAAUACAUGCUUCUGAAGCCGAGCAUAAUACCACCAAAGCAAAACCGGCACGUCUGCGCUCACUGGACACUUUCCGAGGGUUUGCCCUGACAGUGAUGGUGUUUGUGAACUACGGUGGAGGAGGCUACUGGUUCUUCCAACAUGCACCGUGGAACGGUCUCACUGUGGCAGAUCUUGUCAUGCCUUGGUUUGUGUUCAUUAUUGGGACCUCGGUGGUGUUGGCUUUCAGAUCCAUGCAGAGGAGAGGAGUUAGCCGCCUGCAGCUGCUGCGUAAAGUCACCUGGAGAACAGUCGUCCUCCUGAUGCUCGGCUUCUGCUUCCUCAACUACUCUCCAAGAGACGGACCACUGUCCUGGUCCUGGCUGAGGAUCCCUGGAGUGCUGCAGCGUCUGGCCUUCACCUACUUUGUUCUCUCUGUCCUGCAGACUUUCUGGGGCCAGAAAGAAAUCCCACUGAGAGCGCAUCACUGGUGGAACCCCGUCCAGGAUGUGGUCCUUUAUUGGCCACAGUGGUUGAUUAUCAUCCUGCUGGAGACCCUGUGGCUCUGCAUCACUUUCCUCAUGCCUGUACCCAACUGCCCCACAGGGUAUUUGGGAGCCGGUGGAAUCGGUGAUAACGGUCUUUACCCAAACUGCACUGGAGGCGCGGCAGGAUACGUUGAUAGAUGGAUGUUUGGUGAUAACAUGUACCGAUACCCGACAUGCAAAGAAAUGUAUCGCACCACGCAGCCUUUUGACCCAGAGGGGCUUCUGGGUACAAUCAACUCCAUUGUCAUGGGAUUCCUGGGGAUGCAGGCUGGGAAAAUUAUCAUUUUCUACAAGGGGAUGAACUUCCACAUCCUCUGUCGAUUCCUGGCAUGGGCCGUCAUCCUGGGAAUCUCUGCAGCCAUCCUUUCUAAGUGCACGCGAGACGGAGGAUUUAUACCUGUCAAUAAAAACCUUUGGUCUUUGUCCUAUGUGCUGUGUAUGGGCUGUUUCUCCUUCCUGCUGCUGGGAGGCAUGUACUUUGUCAGCGAUGUGAAGGGCUGGUGGCCCGGACAGCCAUUCAUAUACCCAGGGAUGAACUCAAUCUUUGUAUAUGUCGGCCACUCUCUCCUGGGUUUCUACUUCCCGUUCAGCUGGGAGAUGCAUUUCCAGAAAGGCCACGGGGAGCGGCUCUUCCAAAGCCUGUGGGGAACCGCGCUGUGGGUGCUCAUCGCCUACCUGCUGUACAGGAAGAAAUUCUUCCUCAAAAUAUAAACCAGCUAGAUCAUCUGUCCCUUUUAAUUAUUAUUGCCAUUAUCUUGUUUUUCAGUUCUUAACGAACCGUAUUCAUGGUGAGAUAUAUGGAUUAUUAUAACAUCUGUGGGAGUUUUAAAUAAAACAUGGCCAACUGUUCUUGGCGUAAUCA